CCGCGUUCGCGAGGGUGGAAGAGGCGUCGCGGAGGGUGAGACGGAGAGAGACCCGUGCAGGCAGCAGUUCGGGGAGGGAAAUAGGAAGAGGAGCUGCACGAAGCGAGGAGGAAAGGACGCAGGCGCCCAGGACGCUGGGCGACGCUGGUCGACGACGCUGCAUUGCCAGUUGCACCCCAGCCACACCCGGUACGAGCCAUGUAGUCGGGCUACCCUCCACCGCGAUACACGGCGGACAAUUGUUGCUUCUGCGCCCACAGGUGGUACAUCUUCGUCUUCGAUCUUCGUCCUGGUAGACGUCUCGCGUCCGCUCGUCCAGCUCGUUCGGCUCGUCCAGCUCGCUCGGCUCGUCCGGUCGAUCCAGCCGCGAAGCAGCUCCGACUGCCGGUAACCGAGCGAUCGUUGCUCGCGUCCCGUCGUUGGCACUCGGUGCUCGGUGCUCGGUGCUCUUCGGUGUUCGGUGCUCUUCGGUGUUCGGUGCUCUUCGGUGUUCGGUGCACGGAGCGGUUGCCGUCGUCGUCUUCGUCGUCGUUGCUACGCGUGUGCGUGCAGUGCGCAAGAGAGAGAGAGAGAGAGAGAGAUAGAAAUAGAGAGAGAGAGAGAGAGAGAGAGAGAGAGGAGAUAUAUCGCGCGUUCCGCGAGAAGUGGUGCGCGGCCGAGUUCGGAUCAAUCGGAUUAAUCCGCGAGGGAACGUCGAGGGAACGCCGAGAAAACGCCGAGGGAACGUCGAGGGAGCCCAGGGACAGGGGGCAAAAUAGAAACGCGCGGAGGAGCAUCGGCCGAGCCUCGGGCCGUCGUCGGAGGCCGAGGAACAGCCGCACGAGGGCAGGGUUGUAGCCUCCUCGCGCGCCGCGGCACACUACGACCCACCACCGGCGUCCUCCUCGCGCUCCUCGCUCUCCUCGCUCUCCCGGCUCUCCGCGCUCUCCUCGCUCUCCGCGCUCUCCUCGCUCUCCGCGCUCUCCUCGCCGGACCCCCUCCCCUCGCGACGAACCCCGAAAACCAGGGGGGUGCAGGUGCGGCGAACGACGCCGCAAGACGCCCCCGAAGAGGACCCGGAAAAGGGGGAGGGCGUGAUACGCGAUCGACGAACACGCGUAAGGCGACAGCGCGCACCUACGGAUACACAAACAUCGCGGACCUGUUGUCCAACUUGUUGCUCGUCCCUGCAAAAGGCACACCCGCGCCCGCCUCGACGACGGAGACCGGCGACUUUUCGAAAAGGAACCGGCCAGCUCCGGCGAACGACGCCGCGGCUUCCGGACCCCGGCGCCGGCUCGCCGAGCACCGAUAACGACUCCUGUCGCGGCGGACCCUCCUCUGGGACUCGAUGAGACGCUAUGCGCGCAGGCACUGGCAGUUUUAUCAUCGGAACCCGAGCUGCCCGACUCUGAACCCCAGGAUGAGGAUGAGGACGAGGAGCGAAUCUGGACAGGGUCUCUAGGCUUCGACGAGCAGGUUCGACGACGACGACGACGACGACGACGACGACGACGACGACGACGACGACUUCGACGACUCGGGCGAAAUCGGAGAAAUCGGGGAAGCCGGGGAUACAUCGGCGCGAGGCGCGAAGGUUGGCGCCGAUCGGCGCCGGUCGGCGCCGGUGUCCGAGCGAGCGAGACUGAUCGCGAGAUGAGGAGAAGGACACGCCCGACGAUCCCGGUGCCGGAGGACGGCCGCGCUGCUGGAACGAGACGUCGCUCGGACAAACCGGCCGAGUAGAAGCUCAGCCUCUCGGAGCGGACGCGCGGGCGUGCAGUUGCGCGGACCCGCGACACCGCGGCGUAGAAACUCGAUUCCGUUGCCGAGAACUUUUCGCACUUUUCGCACUUUUCGCAAUUUUCGCGUCGAACGGACGAACGCAGGAGCGUGUAAAUAGCCGAGCCCGGCGUUUGUACAUACGAAUAUAAAUUUCCUAGACGUAUACAUACCGCGUAGCGUAUAGCCGUAGAGUGGGAACUUUCGAGCGACGCGAACUCGCCCGAGGAUGCCGCGAAAAGAGAGGCCGACCGAUCCCGAGAGGAACACAGGGCAGUAGCUAGCUUAGGGUCGUCAUGACGUAAUCUUCCACCCGUGAAUACAACGAAAGCAAUACUACAAACAAGGUAAACGCGGAAGCUAGAGAACCAAGACGAAUAGAGAGGAGACGAAUAAAAAGAGGAAGAAGAAGGAGGAGGAGAAGAAGGAGCUGUUCGCUGGAUCGACGUCAGCCGCUGAUUCGCGAGCCGGACGCUUCGCCGAAAAAUAUUUUAAUACGAACCGUAUACACAGCUCUAUAGAUGUAUAUACACGCGUGUACAUAGGAGUCGAUUCCACGUACACCGAGAAAAAUAGAAGGAGGGAAAGAGAGAGAAAGGAAGAGCGAUAUAUAUAAAGAGAGAGAGAGAGAGAGAGAGAGAGAGAGUUAGAGGAGGGAGGGAGAGGACACGGGGAGAAGCUGCACAGGGGAUAGCAUCCGCCUGUUCAGCGAUCGUGCAACGACAUCUAGAAUUAAAAUACCGCCGCUCGCGACGCGUCGGCUCGCGUAUAACCUACGAGGUCGGGACGAGGACGUUUCCGAUUACCCGGAGGACCCGAGAGGAGAUCGACGUCGACGUCGGUAUCGAUAGAGGAGGGCCCGCGAUUCCUCGUCGGACGCCGCCGACGACGACAGCCGUUUCCGUCGGACGAUCUACUACCGCGAGAUCGGAUCGUUCGAGCCGACUCGAUCGACGGGAGACGAAUCGGAGAACGAAGAGAACUCGCCUCGAUAAAACUCGAAAGAGGAGGAUGCGACGCGCGAACAGGAUCGGCUGAGUCGUCGAUCGAAGAUCGCGAAAGGCGUCGCGGCGUCGCGGCGUCGCGAUCCCGGUGGCCUCCGCGGAGAGACCGCCGCGGGACGACAUUUUGGCUCGAACGGCCCGUCGAGGAAAAGACGAUCGCGGCCCGAAGCUGUCCGCGCCGUCCCCGCCGUAUACCCGGUGUCCCGUCGGCGAACCGUUCUCUCGGAUUCCGAUCGGUCGCUAGACAGAGGCUCGAUCGUCGACGCUCCGGGAUCCCUUCGAACCGAUGCGCCCGGUGGCUCGCGAACGCCGGCCAACGGGAGAACCGCGCGCGAUCGACGACCACCCUAGCCUCUUUCGAUUUUCCCGGUGAUUCCGAGAGAGAGAGAGAGAUCGUUUCGAACCGAUCGGCCCGGGACAACGGCCGAAGCAGCAGCCAAGAUGCCGCGGUGUUACAUGGUGAAGAAGGCCCUGUGCAACAAGUAUGUCAGCAGCGUUGCCAGAGGAUUCGAGAGCUGGGGUCGCGGCAGGAGCACGCCAUCGCCGACCGCCAUGCAGAUACCGGUCUCGCCCAUAGAAGGGACUGUCGCACCCCCUGUUGCUCAAGAAUACCUGAACCCGCAGUCGCAGGAGCCGAGCCCGACGGGAACGAAGACGCCCGAGCAGGAUGCGUGCCAAAACAGAACGAGCGAGCGCUGCGACCGUAACGAUCGCGGCGAGAUCGAGAGGAUGCCGUCGUCCCCGAGGAGCGUCGCGCAGCCGAUUCCGGCGUCCGCGCGAACGGAAGCUACGACCGAGGUCUCUUGGAGCGGCGUCUCUUCGGCGCGGCCCGCGGCGAAGGAGUCGGUCUCGUCGGCCUCGUCGGCGGCGGCGGACGCGAGCUCGGCUCCCUUCGCGACGAGCCUCCCCCCCACUCGCGACGGAUCGCCCCGCGGAUCGGCGGCGGAGCAGCAGCAGCGGUCUCCGGCGAGCGGGGUGCACCGUCCGCCGCCCGGAGAGCCGUCUCCGCCCUCGAGCACCGCCACGCCGUACCACCUGGAGGACGGCGGCCGGUCCCUGGGCCUGGCCGACGCGCGGAUAGGGCCCGGCUGCGACGCGAUCGCCAGCCACGUGUCCCCGAUGUUCAAGGACCGGUCCCCCGCGGAGACGGAGGCCGCCCACGACCUGCUGGAGCUCUCGAGGUCUCUGCCGCCGUUGCCGCCGCCCAGCGUCGCCAUCGGCCCGCAGAGCGUGAUCGAGAGCCCGGCGACCGACAUCCAAGAGAUGACGGUCUACCAACCGGACCAGCCCAUCUACCAGGUGAACACCAUCGACCUCGCAGGCUCGGCCGUCUACGCCCACCACCAGCCGCAGCAGCCGUCCACGGCCAGCAUCGUCUACGAGCCGAGCGCGACGAUAGUCCAGCAGACCGGCAGCGUCUUCAUUCCCCUCUCGCCGGUCCAGGAGAUCCUCUUGACGUACAGCGCCCCGUCCAUCCCCUGCGCCCCUAUCGUCGCCCAGCAACCCCUGCAACCGCCUCCGCAGCAGCAGCAGCAGCAGCAGCAGCAGCAGCAGCAGCAGCAGCAGCAACAACAACAACAACAACAACAACAACAACAACAACAACAACAACAACAGAUAGAAUCGGCGCCACCGUUGACGCCGCCCACGUCCGAGUGCAGCAGCGACAUCGAGAACAACAACCCGAACUCGCAGCCCAGCCAGAAGGACAAGGAGGUGCAGACCGUGAUCGAGCAGGCCGAGGCGAAACCUGCGAGCUACACCUACGACACGCUGCUGGUCGCCGACGGCAGGUCCAAGAACAAGAAGACCACCAACGGCCAGAAGACGCCGGAGGCCGAGCCCGUCGAGGCGCCCGAGACUUCCAAGAUCGGACGAUACGUCUGCUGCGAGUGCGGCAAGCAGUACGCGACCUCGUCGAACCUGUCGCGGCACAAGCAGACGCACCGCAGCAUCGAUUCCCAAUCGGCGAAGAAGUGCAUCCAUUGCGGCAAGGCGUAUGUCAGCAUGCCCGCCCUCGCGAUGCACGUGCUGACGCACAAGCUGACGCACAGCUGCGGGGUCUGCGGGAAGAUGUUCUCGCGGCCUUGGCUGCUGCAAGGCCACCUGCGAAGUCACACGGGCGAGAAGCCGUACGGGUGCGCCCACUGCGGCAAGGCGUUCGCGGACAGGUCGAAUCUGCGGGCCCACAUGCAGACCCACUCCGCGGACAAGAACUACGAGUGCCACAAGUGUCACAAGUCGUUCGCGCUCAAGUCGUACCUGAACAAGCACCUGGAGUCCGCCUGCCAGAGGGAGAACGACGACAGCAGCAACGACGUCGACGCGUCCGUUUAAACCGGAGUGCCGUGGGCUGCGGGUCGACGACUCGGUCGCUGACCGACAGCCAGCGACCGGUCGAGCCGAAGAGCGGGUCGUCGGAUCCGAGAAGAGCGGAGACGGUGUGCGAGUCAACGGCCAGGCGGACGAUUUCGCGUACCCGUCGGCCAGCGAGUGGAAAGCGAACGUUUUCGGGCUGCCGGAACCGUGUCGAGGAGAAUGGGUCGAUUCGAAGCUGAAUCGGUCCUGUUGGAACUUCGAUUGGAACUCGAACGGCGACGGCACGAGUUCGUCGCCUUUCUCUGCUUCCGCCUCGUUCCUAACUCCCACCCUCCUCCCUUCAACCACCCAAACGCUCCCCCACUCGCCCUCGUCGCUCCAUCCUUCGCCGCGCUCCGCCGCUCUCUCCGAAAAAGCUCGCAACAACGAUGGCGAUUUCCCAAACUAUUCCGAGGGGUCGAAGAGCUCGACAGGGUCAUCGUCGAUGCCACCGCACCGAACAAAACUUCGGCCGUCCCGAGCCAGCGAACGCAUUCUUGCGAACCGACAAAAUCCUAGUUUCUCGGAUCGAAAGCACUCGGCGACCACGAAACAAGGAGGGACAACGAGGAACCGACGACGGCGAUUCCAGCGAUUCGAGCGAUUCGAGCGGUUCCAGCGGUUCCAGCGGUUCCACCGAUACCGACGAUUCCGGCGAUUCGCCGGCUAAAAAACGUUGCCACGGGCCCGAAUUUCUUGGGCAACGCGACGGGGCGGCGGCAGCGUUCUCUUUCCGAUGUUCCGUCGGCGUUCUCCGCGCACAAUGCGACCAGGCCAGGCACACGUCGAAGGUUUUCAUCGCAUUUCACGUAAACUGGACCACCUGUUGAACGCUGGAAUGACCAUUCGGUGGCGAAAGGGUCGGUCGUUCUGCUCCCCUGAAUUAUAGAACAUCCUCCUGUAAUUUCCCCGUUGUUAAACGCGCGAAACGCGAUCUCGACCAAUUGCGGCCCGCGCGCCCUAAAACUUAUCGGCGAUUUUUUUCGGCCGCGGCUCGGAGAACCCAGCGGGCAUCGUUCGCGUUCUAUUAUGAUUACGAUUACGAUUACGAUUACGAUUACGAUUACGAUUACGAUUACGAUCGUGGUUACGAUCUCGAUGCGUCUAGUCGUUGAUGUUUCGCUUAAUUUAUUCGCUCGGACGAUAUUACGAAUCGCGUAUAUAUUAUGUAUAUGUAUUAUAUUUAUAUUUAUAUCUGUUUAAUUUUAGACGAGGACACGCUUCGGUUGUUCUUUGGUUCUUCUAGUUCUAGUCCGUGAUCGAAUCGAUCGAACGAGUCGCGUUGCCCGCGGAGACGCGGUUUUAGGGUGCAGGGGAGUUUGCAAACGAUGUACUCUCUCUUCGUCGCCGCGAUCGCGUCUUCGCUCGACGGGACUUUCGAUCGUCGAAUUAUAAAAGCAUCGUCGGGAAAUUUCUACAAUUUUGUUUUUUUACCGAAAAGCUAGAAGAACAACACCGUGACCGAUAUCGCGGAAACUCGUUCGCCGAACUGGCGCGCGCGAUAUAACCUGUACCGUCGCCGUUUCGGAUAACUCUGCGAGAAAGAUCGGCCGAAGCUGUCGGAAAAAAUCGACGCGACGCUAAAGGAAAGGAUCGCAGUUUUUUCUGAAACGUUCUCCAACGCGUUUCGCUCGACACAUCUUGGGCGCGCGACGUCGGGACGGAUCCGGAUCGGUUUCGGUGGGAGGGGCAGCGAGAUGGCCAAUGUGAUAUUAAUUUAUAGCCGAGUCGUCGGAAAAACAGCGUCGAUUUCUGGAGUCGAGCGUCGGCGACGAAAGGAAUGCCGGGGAAUAUUCGCGGAGAAAUCGUCGCAUUUUCGUCGCAUUUUCGUCGCAUUUUCGUCGCAGGGAAAAUCGUCUCCGCGCGCUAGAUAUUUUGCGUCUGCUUAUCUCUGGGUUCUCUGGGUUGGGGCUGUUAGAGCGUUUUAGCGUUUAGCGUAGGGCGUAGGGCGUAGGGCGUAGGGCGUAGAGCGUAGAGCACCGAGCACGCGUAGGUACGUAGACGUCCGGUGGAACCCGAGUUUCCUUUCCGCGCGGUCCCCUCUUGAUUUCGCGAAAGCGGACGGAAAGCACGCGCGAGACGGAACGGGAGACGGGAGGCGGGACGCGUUUUUGUAUACACGACACGCAGAGAUAUUUUGGUACGAGACAUUUUCACGGCGAUUAUACACGAUAGGGGCGAUAGUUUGCGUGCCGAAAUCGCACCGAGUCUUGGCACCCCCGGUGUUUAGCUUUAAGUCUUGAGCGAUCCUCGGUUGUACAGAACCGUCUGUCCUUUCGCUUCGUCGAUCGUCGCGUCGAUCGUUGAUCGAACGUUUCGCCGUCUGCGCGCGUUUUCCCCAACCCUCGCGGCGCGUUUCGCUCUUUCGGAUGAAUUUUACAGCCCUGCUUUUUCCACGACCGAGGAUACGACCGUCGUCCAGCCCUCGUUCCCAGAACACGCGAUUUCGAACUUGGAUCGGCUCGCGCCUCGGCAUCGAAUUCGCGCGGCGACGAAACGACGCGAUCCAGCACCUCGACGAAAAAUCUGUGAAGUCGAAAGGAGGGAUGGACGAGAGUCGGUAAAUUGUCCGAUCGUUCUUUCGCUUCGCGCGAUCCUAGCAAUUGGGUGGACGCGGUGCGAGGGUUGACACGCGCAGCGAUGCGCGCGUGACCGUGAGAUUUCGAAAAACCGCACCAACCCCGAGAUCGUAUUCCGCUUCGUCGGUCUACGAAGCGUUCUCCGAGAACGGAGUAAAAACUUUCCUAAAAUACUUUUGCAUAAGCGACAGCUGCAAAAGCCAACGCACGGAAAAUGUAAUCGAUGCCGUUGCGUCGCGUCGCGCAGCGUCGGCGGGCCAAGAAUAAAGAAGCAAAUCGUGUUCUCGUCGCAUGCUCGCAACGAACUCGAUUUUGUCGAAAUAAAAGUACCGAAAUACAUGCUCGGCGGUACGGUAUCGAGAAGAAAGAAACGCGGGCGAGCUCGUAGAGGGGUAAAUCGUUCGCGACGCGAUUUCCUCUGGAAAUCGUGGAAAUCGUGGAAAUCGUGGAAAUCGCGGAAAUCGCGGAAAGGCCGGCGAACGGCGCAAUAAUUUCCGAGAACUCGAGCCUGCGACGAGAACACGUGCACGGUUUUUGAUCGACGGGUGCCACCGGCAGGCUGCUCGGCAUCGGAACGUCAGAAGUAGACUUGCCUAACGCUCCCGCAUUCGCUUCGGAAACCUAGAUUAAAAAGAGACUGUUGACUUGUAAAUAUAUUCCAUUAUUUUUCUAUGUUUUUCACCGAACGGAUUCGAGAGAAGAGAACAAAAAUUCGAGCAAUAAGAUGAUUUGUGAUUGUACGUAGGAUUCGUAGCGGUAAAUCGUUCUUCGUUCGUCUGAAUUUAAGUUAAGCGAGUCUGAUUCUGACCGAGAAGAAGAAACGAACGAAAAAGGGGGGUCAGCGAGAGAGAGAGAGAGAGAGAGAGAAAGAAAGACAGAGAGAGAGAAAGAUCACAAUGUUCCGCUGUGAGAUUCGAGUAGAUUCGUGCUCGAUUUUCACGGAUCCCAUCGUUUGUGAGAGUUUCACGCGUCAUGCCAGCGAGAAAGCAAGCAAGGGGAGAGAGAGAGAGAGAGAGAGAGAGAGAGAGAGAGAGAGAGCCUACUAAAAUCAUUUCGCAAGUUCGAUCGCGGGCUCGAUAGUAUUCGCAGCUACCAAUUUCGUCUUCAUAAGUAUAUUACGAUACUCGACAGUCAAUCGAAUCUAUUAAUUAAAUAGAGUUAACCUCUCGUAACGGUAGUCAAUAAUAUUCAGAGAACAGCGGACAACUGAACGGCCAACGAUCCGAUUUUUAACCGAUAUAGUAGCGAACGAUCGAGAACAGAAUAUUCUAUUAGAUAAUUAAAGCAACUAAAUAGUACAAGAAACUAACCGAAGGUAAUUUAAAGCAAAUCGACUCGACUCGACUCGACUCGACUCUGCUCGAGGCCGAAUAUCGUCGACGACGCCGUUUCGAUCCGUUCGCUCGGCCAUCGAGGAUCCGCGAGUCUUUCGGAGGAGAACGGAAAGAAACGGUGACCGUGGUAGACCGAAGAUGUUUUAACGAUCGUCCGAUAGACAUCGUAGGGAUCGUGGAAGAUCGAAUCGAUCCGUUGCUCGGACAUUACGCCUGCGGAAACGAGGUUCGCUCCGUGAGCGUCCAUAAAUGGUAGAACCAUCGACUCGGUUCGCGCGUCGAAAGUCAUCGUCUACGAUCUACGAACCACGAUCCACGAUCCACGUUGCUCCAUAUAAUCUACAAAAUGUCUAGAAAAUGUCCAAAAAAUCGAGCUCGCUUGUCUCGUUCGAAACACUUGGUACAAGAGAUGGUGGUGUGUCUAGGACCGGCAGUUUUUCAGCUUCGCUCGCGAGCGUUCCAAUAUUUAUGGACCAGAAUUUCGAGAACGAACAAGAGAAGCGGCGCGAAACGAAUUCGACGCUACCUAGAUCUAGACCUAGACCUAGACCUAGACUACUGGUACACGUAGAUCCGUUGUACCGUGCUCGAUGAAACCAAAGAACGGGACGAGAGAGAAAGAAGAGGGAACAGUGCGUAAUAAUAAUAAUAAUAAUAAUAAUAAUAGUAAUAAUAAUAACGAACUACGCGGCAGCGAACGGGCCGACACUAUUUUUUAGACAACCACGAAACGAACGAGAUCCAGUGGCAGGCCCCAGCGGACGAUCGUGCCUCGAACGUUUCUCGGUCCGGGGAAAGCUUCUGCCGGCGAUAGGAAAACCAUUUCUCUUCGGAUUCGCGCGGAAAUAUCUCGAGUACGACGAUCGUCCGAGCUACUCCCGAUUUCUCCCAUCGAAUUUCAAAACGCUCCGUUGAGAGACGACGUCGUCGCCGCCCCUGCGUGAACGAUCCAAAAUGAAAUCUAUAUGAAAAUUCUCGGCGAUCGUUUCGCGGCAAAUGAAAAUUUCGAGUCAAGAAUUAACCGGAAGACGCUUCGAAUCGAAUCGAGUUUCUCCGACGAAACCUCGGAGAGCCGGAAACGCGAAAAGAAUUUCGCCGGUCGGCCGACUGUUACGCUAAUUAAGAAGGGGGAGGCAAGUUUGUAAUCGCGAUUACGUUGUCGUUAUCGUUAUCCGUAUCUGUAUCUUUAUCUUUAUCGUCGUCGUCGUCGUCGUCGUCGUUGUUGUUAUCGUGAACCGUUCCCCCCGCGGUUACCGGUAACGGGGACACACCAUUGGUAUUUUCCAAGCGGUGAUCGCUCGGAUUCUCGUCGUACUCGUUCUCCGUCGCGAAGCCGCGCUCGAACGAAAUUUUUCUAUCGGAUAAAAUCGACGACCCCUCCCCGAUGCACGAGCACGAUUAUACUCAACGUCGACGGAGAGACACCUCCUAGCUGUACAGUUACUUAAAGAAUAAGAGCAACACCGAAGCCGCGAGCCGCGAGUCGCGAGCUCGCGGACCGAAAGAGCGCGCGACGAGGACCGCCGUACUGCCUGACGAAAUAACGCUCGAAACAAGCGGACGACGAGUUUCGCGAGUCGCGUCGAUGAUAAUCGAAUCGGUAAAAUCGGUAAAUCGGUCCUCGAUCUUUUCAACGGAAGGUUCUUCUCCCGUUUCGGACGCGUUCGCUUAAAGCGUAAGAUCGCGAACGAAUCGUCCGAAGGACGAACGGACGAAUCUUUCGGAGGAGCGCGCGAGGGCUGGCCGAAUCGUCGACUCGUUCGAUCCACGUAUUUCCGAGGUCGGAAAAGGACCGCGAACCGUCGAGUACCUCGAUCGAUGGACACAGACUGCCAAACGUUCGAGCACGGCCCACUCGUCGCAUUUCCAAAGGGAUCGAUUCGCGCGAGCGAAGGGUCUCGAUAAUAGUUUUAAACGAUUCGAAACGAUCGUCGUUCGAGGCAGUACCGCGGUACGCGAGCGGCUCGUCCGCGGCCGCCGUCGCGACCGGGACCGCCCGCCAUUUCGACCGGUCGCGCGUAAUUAAGUAUUAAAGCAAAAAAGAAAAGACUCUACAGAGGACCAAAGUACUUAAACGUUACUACGCCGAAGCAGCGGUAAGUCUAACGUAACGAUUGAUCGUCGCUUACGCGGUGAUACGAAAACGUAUCGUCGAUGAAGAGGUGCGCGGAGCCGAGGAGAGAAGCACGGGAAACAUGCGAAGCAUGGAGAACAUGGAAAACGCGGAACAAAAACGCGAGGAACGCGAGGAACGCGAGAAACGCGAAAAACGAAAGAAAGGGUGCGCGAGCGUCGACGAGUGGAACGCAGACGAGCGUGGUAUAUGUACUGUACAUUUUGAGAACACGGUAAAAAGAACAACGAACAAACGAGACAGAGAUUGUCCACGUAAAUGUAAUUAGUUUACUUAUUAGACAGACACCCCGAGAUAUAUUGUAUAUGGA